AUGCUGGUAUCCGCCGUGUUCUCCCUCGACAAGCGAGCCGAUAUUGGAAAAGGACUCGCCAUUGACUGCCACAAUGCAGACAACGAGCAGGAGUUUGACUUCCACAUCUACGCCGUGUCUACCUUGUCCUCCUCCAAGAACCAACCCCCGAAAGACGCCUCCAACGUCAAACACCGUCGUCUGUCGCAACGCCAAGGCCAAGGCCCUAAGCAACACGUCGAGCCUCUCCAGGGCCGUGUCUUCCCCAACACCGAGUUCGGCUCCCUGACCGAGUCGUCCGAGGUGGCACCGGCCUCAAGCAGGCCCAAGACGCGGCCCGACACGUCGGCGGUCGCCCAAAGGGACUCUGGCCGAUCCUGCCGCUCCCCCGAGGUCGGGCACAACGAGAAGUGCUCGUCUCUGGCGUGA